AUGGUAAACGAACUCCAUGGUUGUAGUGCUCGUGUUGUAUGUGUUGAUUGUUCAUUCAAUCAAAUGUCAAGAAGUGACAUACAAACAAUGAUGAAAAACGAAAAUCCAACUUUCACAGUUAAAUCUGAUGAAGUCAAUCCAGAUGCUGAUGUCUAUUUAUCACCAGAGCAAUUAUCAGAUUUCAAACCUCCAAGGUGUCCAGAAUGUUCUGGACGUGUUAAACCAAAUGUAACGUUCUUUGGGGACAAUGUUGAUCGUAAACUUGUAAAUUUUCUUAAAAGUCAAAUUGAUGACAGCGAUAGUGUUUUAGUAGCUGGAUCAAGUUUAGAAGUAAUGUCAUCCUACCGCUUCAUUAUUAAAGCAAAAGAAAAUAAACUACCAAUUGCUAUUGUUAACAUUGGAAAGACACGUGGAGAUCUUGAUGCUACGUUAAAAAUUAGUACCAAAUGCGGUUCCAUUCUACCACAGAUCAAAGUCUAA